AUGGUUACUAAAAAUACACCCCCACCCCCGCGCGAGCGACCUCGAGGUCUUGUACAAACUCCAGAUACUGUACCUAGUACCGCUAGAAGCGGAAGCGGAAGCACGAAAGGAUCAAAUCGACUCAAGAAUUAUGCCUCGACACCCUCUCUCAGCGUACAUGAAGAUAAGGGAACGAAGCCUCUUAGUUCUCCUCCUAGAAGCCAUAAGACCACCAACGCUAGGCAGGGUAGUGGGGCCAAAGAAUCAAUCAUCUAUAGACCCCCAUCCUCUCUAGCAGCCCAUAGAUCCAGGUCACAGAGCCCUACAGCGUCUCGUGUCCGGGCUCCAAACACACAACAGCAGAGAGCUGCAGCAGCCACGGCCGAUAGGCAGGCUAGGCAAACAACUUUGUUCCUUAAUAUCACCACCGCUCCACCCCCAGCAAGGUCUCCACUCGGGACUAUAAAUACUAGUAAUCUAUCGCAAAUAAAGAAUACAUACUGGGAGGUUGACGAAAGUCGGCAAGAGCCAACGAGGCUAGGGCAGCUGGAACAUUUUGACUACCCUUCCGGUUCGAAUCCCCUCCCUCGGCUUGAAUUUGAGAUAGCGGACGAAAAUCGAAGAAAUUCUCUAUCACCAAAGCAGAUCGACCCUCUAGAUUUUUCUUCUAGUCCUCCCCCGAAGUUAGACCUACAGAAUGAUGAUGAUCUCUCGGAUGAAGGUCUCUCGGACGAUGGGUCCUGGAACGGGAACUCGUUUCUCCGAUAUGCGAAAAAUAUUCUUGAAGAAGUAAAGGAUGACAGUGAUGGCGUACCUGUGUUUUGGUCCCCCAAAGGUGAAGAUACUCACCUUGAUCCGGCUAUUCACAACGACCUAGAUCUUCCUCUUGAUGCGGAUAUUUCUCUCGGUGCAAAACCUAUAAAUUCAGAGCUCGGUAAGGAUAAACUAAUCCAUCAAGCUAGAAGAGAAAAACUUAUACCUACAGCGAUUUUAGAAAGCCAGUCCCUUGAACAGGAACAACCUAGGGUUAGUCCUGAGCCCCCUACAAAAUCCGAGUUUCCUUACCAGCUAGAUACCGCAACCGACCCCGAAACCAUACCAUUUCUCACAGAACAUGAUGCCUUGAAACUUCAUGGAACAAUCAAUUUUGAUAGCGCUCCUCAAUGGUACCAUAUCACCCAGCUCCACGAAGUAUAUAAAAGACGCUUUGUCGAGUUCGAUUGGGUGGCCCCAGAAGAUUGGGACGCGUGGUUCGCUCCUGCUAUCUCCGAUAAACCAAUCAUACUCAAACAACAGUGGAAAAACUGUAAUACAACCGACAGCCAGAUCCUUCGGGAUAUCUAUUGUGCUUUCUACGUAGCCCUCCGCAACGUUCUCGCUGUUGUCAACGAUAUUGUAUUGGCGGGAAAUAACUCAACUGUUUCUGGGUGGAUGGAAGUCUGCGUCUCCCCUGUCACGCUUCUCGAGGAAAUGAGGGCUGUUCUAUGGUGGAACGAAGAGACCAUUAAUGUUUUACGGCUGGAGUAUGGCCUCGAUCUUCUUCACUUUAUCGACACCCAGUAUGAACUCAAAUCUAGGUCUGAUCUACAAAAGCCGACUAUUGAUCUAACACAUGAUCAAAGCGGCCAUGGUUAUUUCCUGACCUGUAAGAGAACAACAGAUGGGCGGUACAAGCUCCAGAUUUCUCCACCACAUAUUCGGACUCAGUGGUCUAUCAAACAAGGUGACAGUGGAGUUGAAUGUAUAGUGAAGCCGACUGUUUGGCAUCCUCACUUUCUAUUUUCCACUACGGCAGUUACGCCCCGUUUUUCCAUCGGUCAAGAUUUUCAUUGGCUCGAAUGGGAUAAGAAGCAUUUCUACUUCAGCGGAAUCUUACCAGACGACUAUAAACCCCAUAAGGACCCAUCAGGUCACUUGUGCAUCGGCCUCGAUAUUACGGUGGAAUUCACCCAAUACUUUAUGGGGAAGAGGCCAGAGGGGUCACAUCUAUUCUAUCUCCAGGAAACUUUUACUGCACGUUCAUAUGGGAUUCUUCCAAUAAAACCCGCGGCCCCUCCAGCAGCCGCUCCGAUGGUAUACUCGCCAAACCCACUACAACUCAUUUGGGGCUCCCAUAAACUCGGAUUCGACAGACGACACAGCAGGUUUGUAAUGGAAAAAGCUCAAGAAUACGAAAACCAAAUUUAUCAAUCCCAAGUCAGUGAAGAUGCUAAGGCUUUUGCUACGCAUGGAUUGUUCCCAUGGGACCCAAAGGAACCCUCAAUUCAGUCAUGGGGAGGAGUUACCUGGUGCAGUUUCUUGGAGCAGCAAAGAGCCCGGGCUGAAUAUCUAAGAAAGGACCCUAGAGGACGAAUGGAGGUGAUUCGGGACUUACGCAAAGGGCCAAGACUGGGUCCUCUGGGUUCGAAAUAUAAACACCACGGAGAGGAUGUUGAUGAAGAUUUAGAAGAGAUGAGGCGGAUGUACGAGAAUUUGAUACACGAGGCACAUGCUAUCGUCUGGUUGCAUACCUUGUAUAGGGAGCAUGUUCAGGAUAGAUUGGAAGACGAAUCGUUGGAGAUGGAGAAAGUUGGACUUCGUAAUCGCGAAGCUCUAGGACUUUACCCCAACCUAUAA